AUGGCUCUGCCGGCAACAAGGGUGGCUGUCGUUGAAGGCGAGGACCAUCAACUCAAAAUCGAAUUGCAAGCGCCACUUCCGAACCUCAAGCCUAACGAGGUCUUGAUUCAGACGAAAGCCGUCGCCAUUAACCCCUGCGACUACAAGAUGCACGAGCGGUUUCCCUUUCCAGGUGCAGUUGAUGGGUGCGACUUUGCUGGAGUCGUCGUUCGCCUUGGAUCAGAGGUGACUUCAUUCGGCAUCGGGGAUCGGGUGUGUGGGGCUGUGCAUGGGUCGAACCCACUCCGGCCGGAAUCGGGGGCCUUCGCCGAAUACAUCGUCUCUGAGUCUGAAUUUACACUCAAGAUACCGCAGGGGAUGACGUUUCAAAAAGCUGCAGGUUUAGGUGGUACAGGACUGGCGACUCUGGGUAUGGCGCUGUUCAAGGCCCUUGCCCUGCCGGGAACACCUGAACAACCCGCCGAAAAGCCGCGAAUGGUUCUUGUCCAUGGCGGAAGUUCUUCGGUGGGUGCUAAGAGAAUGACUGUGAAAAUUUCCAGGACUGGUCACAUUCCUAUCGCUACUUGCUCUCCGAAAAACUUUGACUUAGUCAGGAAAUAUGGCGCAGAGAGAGUUUUUGACUACAAUGACUCCGAAUGUUCCCUGAUGAUCAAGAAGUAUACUUACAACACACUGGCCUACGUACUGGAUCCGUUCACAGACGCCAAGAGUAUUGCACUGUGCUACGGUGCGAUGGGAAGGGCUGGUGGUCGAUACGCCUGCCUGGAGAUGUACCCGGACUACGUGCUCGAGCGCAAGUCAGUCAAGGUAGAAUUUGUCAUGGGGCCGGCUCUUUUGGGCCAUCGCCUCGGUCUAGACUUCGGUUACGAAAGGGAGGAGGACCCCGGAAUGCGUGCGUUUGGGGUACGUUGGUACCGAAGUCUACAAAUGUUGUUGGAUCAGGAAAUGUUGAAGCCUCAUCCGCUGAGGAUUAUAGAAGGAAGGUUCGAAGGAAUAUUAAGGGGGGUCAAUAUACUAAAAAACAAGGAGGUGUCGGGUGAGAAACUCAUUGUAACAUUGGAUGACGCUUAA